GUCCAAUAUUAUUUGAUGUAAUGGAAGGUGAAGCAGGUACACAAGGAAGGAAAGCAGACCACAUGACCACAUCUUCGUCCCAGCUCUAAACUCUCCCACGUCAUCACCAUCCGAAUGGGCUGUUGCUGCGAUGAAGACGACGGUGACAUUCUCAGACAACUCAUGAACAACUCUUCUUCCACCUCACCACGUUCUUCUUCUUCUUCUUCUUCUUCUUCUCCCUUCUCCACCGUCAUCUCACCUAUGAACUCCCACUUCCCCGCCCUCUCAUCCACCGACAUCCUCCGCACCAUCUUCCAGAAGCUUCCCGUCCCCGACCUCGCUCGCGCCGCCUGCGUCUCCCGUCUCUGGAGCUCCGUCGCCUCUGACAGAGACAUCCUCACCGCCGCAUUUCUCGCUCCAUGGAAUCUCAAGGCCGUCGUUGGGAAUCCAAUUUCUGGAAGCUUCUGGAGAGACAACACCCUCGCCAAGUUCGCCAUCUCCCAUCGAAUUGUCCGCGGUGACAGCGUCGCCAGCCUCGCCGUCAAGUACUCCGUUCAGGUUAUGGACAUAAAACGCCUGAACAACAUGAUGAGUGAUCAUGGGAUAUACUCAAGGGAACGGUUAUUAAUCCCACUUAGUAGCCCUGACAUUCUUAUUAACAGAACAUGCUUUAUUGAGCUGGAUGUCUAUGCUAAAAGAGAAGUAGCUGUGUUGUAUCCGAACGAUGUACCAGACACAAAGAGUGCCAAUAUAUCAGUCAGGAUAUCCUCGGAAUUGAGCAAGAAAAGGGUGGUUGAUUCCUUGAAGAGGAGCAUGCAAGUUGAUAAUGAAACUGCUCAGUACUACUGGUCUAUUUCGAAUGGCGAUCCCCGAGCUGCCUUUGCUGAAUUUUCUGCUGACCUUCAGUGGGAUAGGCAAGUCGAGCAUCGUGCCUAGUCUUGGAACAUAAUUCGAUGCUCAACUGUUAUUUGGAAUGGAUAGAGUAAAUAAUUAAGAGGUAGCAUGGGAAGCCAGAGACUACUCUGAUAGGUUUCCAUUUUCCUCCAAAUUCAGGUUGCAUGAGUUCAGUCAACUAUGAUAUGAGAGAAGUCAUUUAUUAUUGUUGUGUGAUGGAUGUCCGCCACUAAUGUGGUGUGCUGUAUUCAUAAUUUGUCCAACUUGUGUGUAAAUCAAAGCAAAUUAAUU